AUGCAUGAAUUCCACAUCAAUGGUAAGUUGGUUAAAGGGAUUAAUAGUUCAUUUAUAACAUUGAUUCCUAAGAAGGACAGUCCAACAGAUUUGGUGGAUUACAGGCCAAUUAGUUUGGUGGGUUCAGUUUACAAAAUUCUAGCUAAAGUUCUAUCUAAGAGAAUGAAUAAAGUAUUGCCUAGGUUGGUUAGUGAGGUUCAGACAACAUUUAUUGGAGGAAGGUGUACUCCAGAUGGAGUUUUGAUUGCCAAUGAGGUCAUUGAGUGGUGGAAAUCAACAAAGCAAAAAGGGGUGAUACUUAAACUUGACUUCAAGAAGGCGUAUGACUCGUUUCUGGACGACACAAUAAUUUUCUGCGAGGCAGAUAGAAACGAGCUGCUAUUGAUCCAAAGGAUAUUAAGGUGCUUCGAAGUGAUGUCUGGCUUAAAAAUAAACUUUCACAAAAGUGUAGUGUGUGAAGUGAGCAUCUCUGAUAGUGAGGUGAAAGCUUUUACAGUACCUAUAAUCAGGGGGAAUCUGGAUGACUAUUUGAGGUGGGAGCUUGAUCCAUCAGGAUCACCCGAAGAGAUAGAGUUCCUACAUUACCACGAGCAUCCACUCAUUCCAUUGAGAUUGAUGACCCUCUUCAGUAAAGAAAAGAACAACGAAGAUGAGGAGGAGGAGGAAAUUUUUUGA